GGAGGGUAAUUCCGUAGUUAACUAGAAAAAAUGGGGGUCUAAUGGCAUAUACCUAAAAAGAACGAAGAAAGAAAAACGAUAAAAUCCUCCGCCAAAGGGUUUCAUUUUGAAAUCAGAUCAGGAGAUCAGAAGAGUGAGGGGCUUGUGGAUUUUGGAAUGUCUGAACGAUGAAUCGCACAUCAUCUUCGUCAAACCUCGAAACUAAGAAAUUCUUUCAAUCGCAUCGUCAGCCGCAGCUGCCGUCGAAGAAGAAGGAGCGGAUUCCUCGGAACCCGUUGAAAGAUGUCAACAGUAGAAGCUCCGGCGCCGGCGGAAGAAGCAGCAAUGGCGGCGUUUCCGGGUCGGUUUCCGGUCAAGAUCCUUACGGUCGUGUCAGGCUCUUGCUCUCCCAUUCCGGUUCAUUAUCAUCAUCAUCGUCUUCUUCUUCUUUGGGAGCUUCUCUAGGCCAUGGACCUGUGAGAUCCGUCUCUAAAACUCCCAAACCAGCUCCUGGAGUGACUAAACCCUUACCGAGAAAUAAAGGUAGGGUUUUGGGAGAGAUCAAGCAGAAAGACGGUGUUUCCGAGAAACUCACUUCGCAGCAACCCUUGAAAUGCAAGAGAACCAAUGUAAUGUCACGGUUGGGGCAUUGUGGCAAGAGACCCACCGGUAAGAGUACUCUGAACUCCAACAAAACUUCAGCUUUAGAUGAGUUUCCUUCUGAUUCUAGAGAGCUUAAGCAAAAGGAGAGUGGAACUACUGUGAGAAUUCAAGUGGAUAGUACCUAUGUGACUCCUGUGUGUAAACCAGGAAUCGGAUCUGGUCAAGGGUAUGGCCAUGCCGCUAAAAUUACGGCUGAUGGUAGACCGAGCAUCGGUAGGAGUCCUAAUGACAGGACACCGCCUGUACAGGAAUCAGUAUCUCCAGAAUUACAGUGCGGAUCGUCUAUGAUGUUGUCAGCAGCAACAAAAUCACAAGUUUGCUACGCCACCGGGCAUAUACUUUCGGGUAUCAGUGAUAAGAGGAAAUGCAGGCCUAAAGGGAUACUCAUUGUAGGUGAAAAUGGUUUGAACGUCAGUAAGCCUAAGCCACUGAAUAAUUUUGAUGAUGCAGAUUUUGCCGGUAGAGAUUCUACAGUGUUAACGAUGCCUUUGCCUGCUGAUGCAUCUAUGCAAUGGCUUUCAUCUCCCUGUGAUGAGGAGAAAACCCAUGAGAAGGAAACUUUUGGUGACGAUUUGUAUCAGUUUCAAUGGGCAGUUGGGUGUGAAGGCUUAGAUACCCCUUCGCCACUAUCGGAUCAUAGUAUUUCUUCAGAUGUAUGCAACAUCAGUAGUGGCAUAAGUCUUUCUCCUGAGCAUAGUGGUAAAGGGAUGAGGAGAAGUACCGGUUCUUUGGUUUCUCCAAAUGAGCAUUCUCGCUUAAGAAGUUUUAUGUACCCUUCAUCAGAUAAGGAUAUGUCUUCAGCAUAUGAUACUACCCCGACUUGUGAGGUAGAUCUGUCACUGCAUUCGGAAGAAGUGAGAAAUCAUAGGUAUUGUAUAGGAGACAAAAGGUCACCCUCCUCCUUUGACACUAUGGGACGUGAGAAUGUAAUGAAAACACCGGAAUCCAACUCAAGCUCAGCUAAGUAUCACCGUCUCUCAUGGUUCCAAACUGGAAGACAUAAGAGCCAUGACCUUGAUUCAGAUUUUGAUUCACUUACUGUGGCCCUUAACUCAGCCAGUUUGUCGCCAAAGAGCCAUGCUUCGUCUUUGGAUCCAAACAGUUCAAGCUUUCAUUUUGAAUCUCUGGCCACAUCUUCAGAUUCCGUUGAUCUUUCGCUGUUCCAGAGAGUUUUAGUCAACAGAAGUUCAUGUCUUUCCAAUUCGACACUGGGUGUGACGAUGUCGUGGAGGGAAGAAAUAAGCAGCCAGAUACCUGAAAUUGCAGAACUUGAUAGCUGUAGAGACCUGUCAGAUGAAGAAGAAUCUAUGAACGGUUCAAGUGUCAAACAACUUCCGAAAACUGGAUGGAUUCAGAAUAAUGGUACUGACGCAGGAAAUGAUAAAAGAGGUGCUCGAUUGUCUGGUCAGUUUGUCAGCAAGGGAACCGCUUCGGCAGAUACUGUCGUCAUUACUUGUUCCGCAGCAGAGUCGAUAAGCACUGACGGUGGAGGCCUGAUUCGUUCUGAGGAUUCGGAUUGGAUGUCAUGCUACAAGAAUCACUUCCUCGGAGUAUAGUUUAGAAUCAGUUCCUUUGUUAGCAC